AUGCCUAAAAAGUCCAAGAAACUUGUUGCCACUGUGGCCGACGACCAGCCCAAGAGUAUCCCAGCCUUCUACUGUUGUUACUUGCUUCGGUCGACUGGCACUGGCUGUAAGACGCAGACAUGGUACGUUGGGUCAACUCCGGACCCUGCUCGCCGUCUCUCUCAACAUAAUGGGCUUUCCAAGGGUGGAGCUAAAAGGACGGCAAAUGACAACAGACGGCCAUGGGAGAUGGUCAUGUUUGUAGAGGGCUUUCCAAGUCGUAUUGCGGCUUUACAGUUUGAAUGGGCAUGGCAGCACCCUGCCGCUACUCGCCAUAUUGGACCGGAUCUCGAAGAUGACGAAGAGGAACAGGAGGGCCAAGAAGGUGCCAAAGACGCUAAGAAGGCGACGAAAAAAGGGAAGCCAAAGACGGCAACAAAACGCAAGACCAGAACAAAGGCGCAGGAUGAAUAUCAAGGUGCCGAUGAGAAACCGAAGAAGAAGAGGAAACCACCUGCUCGCCGUACUCGAAUGUCGAUGAAGGCCCAUCUAGAAGAUCUGCAUCUUCUACUGCGCUCAGCCUACUUUGGCAAGUGGCCUCUUGCCGUACGAUUCUUCGCCGCGGAUGUUGCGCAGGCCUGGAGAGUCUGGUGUGACCGUGUGGAUGGAACAAUUCCAACGCAUAUCAAAACCAUUCUGGACGGAAAUUGCGUGGAUCUAUCGGUCGACUCGGGGAAUCAGGUGAAAUUUGGAAGUGUCAAGGACAUCAAGCCUAACUACACACAUAUUCAGGGUUACCUAGAAAAGGCGACAUCUCUAUUGAGCGACCUUGAAGGGUCGCAGUGCAAUAUAUGCGGAUCCCAGUUUCAAGGGCAAGAGCUGGUUGUUGUCUGCCCACACGCGAGCUGCAAUUGUACUACCCACAUCCUCUGCUCAUCAACGCAUUCGAGUACUACUAGCAAUCCUGACAGCUUGGUGCCACUGACUGUGGAGUGUCCUGCGUGCUCGCAGACCGUUCAAUGGCAGCUGAUGAUGCGCGAGCUGAGCAUCAGAACCCGAGAGAAAGAGAUAUUGCAGGAUAUGCAGAAACGAAGUGAAAAGAAGAGUCGAAGCUCCUCUAAGCAGAAAACCGGAGCGGCAGCUGUCGUUGAAGAGCCCACGACUGCGGCACUUCCCGCUUCUGAGAGGCAUGAUUCAGAUACAGAUUCCCUGGACGACUAUUGGGACAGAGUUCUUGAUUCUGGCUCGCAAAUCGACGCCAAUGAUACCACAAAGCUGGAAUACAAGGUCGACAAAAUGGAGAUAAUCAUAGAGGAUAGCGAUUUCGACGACCCAAUGUUUUGUUGA